AAUUAAAAUUUAUUAUAUAUAGUAAUGAGAAAUAGAUAUAACUAAAUUCAAAAAAAAAAAAGUCACGGUUAUGCUCAUAAUAAAUGACUCUUGGUUGUUCCACACUAGCAAAAUAAUAAAAACAAGUUAAUAGCAUUUAAUUAUCAAAUUUCAAAAACCCAAUGCUUAAUUGGCAAUCAAAUCAAAUCGUGUGAAAAGUAUCAUCUUUUUCUUUCCUUCUCAGUUUUCUAGAUAUCCAAACACUUCCUUAAGUUUUCUAAGAGACAGAUACAGUAUUGGAAAUGAUAAACCCAACCCAAGUCAACUGGAGUCACCUCACACAUAAAAGAAACGAUAAUGAUGAUGAAGAGGGAGAGAGAUCAUCAAGAGGUGAUCAUAAGAAUAUUGAUCAAGAUAGUCAUCAAAGAAAAUUCUCUCACCACAGAAGAAUCAUAAGUAGUUCUGAUGAGGACUCAAAUUGGCCUAAUUUUGCAGAUGAAGACUAUAUCAUCUUCUGCUUUAGAGAAGAUGGAGCUUUUCAAGUUGUGAAGAAUAAUGGCAACAAAACUGAUAAUCAUGAUCAACUACCAAUACCAUCUUCUUGUCUAGAUCAUCAUACUUCUUCUUCUUCAAGAAAUUCCAGACCCGUAAAUAGAAAGAAACAGCUUAAUUACGGAGACAAUACCAAAACAGUGAUGAUUGAAAGGUGUAACAAUGAUCAUGAGAGCUUAGCUGGGAAAUUAUCACAUGAAGUCUACCCCAAGAAUUAUGGUCACAAGAUGGUAGAGGAGAACAUUUACUUAGAUUCAAAGUCGGUUUAUGGUGGCAAUUUUGAAGAGCAUAGACACUCAUCAAAUGCUAGCUCAAGUUCUUUUGCUUUCCCUAAGUUGGGUUGGGAGUGGACGGGUAGUCCAGAGAAAAUGCCAAAAUCAAAAAGACUCUGCUUAAGAAAACACAAGACUCGUUGUGUAGUCUUUCAGUGUUGUAAAUUUUAGAAUUUCUUAUCUUUAUUUUUAGGACUUCUUGGUAAAAUGGCAUAUUUUUUAAAGUUAUUUUGCACUUUAGCCUAUUUUUAAUAAUUCUUUGCAAAAUGACCUCUCAUAAUUUAGACAGGUAGUCGAAAAUUUAGACAGCUGGUCGAAAAAUUUAGACAACUGGUCGAAAAAUUUAGACAACUAGUCGAAUUUUAGACAGAUGUCAUUUUGCAAAAAAUUAUCAAAAGUAAACCAGAGUGCAAAACUACUUAAAAAAAAAAGCUAUUUUCACCCAUUUCUCUUAUUUUUAAGUGUGUUUAAAAUACACAUCAUAUUAUUGUAUGUAGUUUUAGUAUGCAAAGUAAGUGUGUACCUAAUAUUACUUUAUUAUUUUAAGGUUAUUAGAUUGAAUGUUAAAGUAAAAAUGUAGCCAAUAAGGCUAACAAGA